UUUAAUUGUGAAAGAGUGUGUUGACUACUCUCGUGAAAUGAAAUCCGCACAAAGGUUUUGUUGAAGCGCUGUCAUAUAAUAUCGAAGAAAGAAUGAUAACGCAGGUCCUAUCACGAGCAUUUUACAUUCAGUGUCUGUGCUAUUAAUUCAUAAGUUAAAUGCUCAUUUGUCACCGUUGUGAUCUUCACGACGGUUUUAUUAAACACACGCCAUGGCUGAGCAUUACCGCAAAGCUCAACACAGAGAGCAACAUCAUCCUGAAACUGUUUAUAAACGAUCCAGAGAUCUCAGUGUCGAUAAUAACACAGAUAAGCGACACAGAUCUUCAGCUGAAGAUCGUCACAGAUGUGCUUUGACUCUGUCCACACACAGGCAGCAGUAUGAGAGGAAUUUCCCAGUAUAUAAACAGCCCGUGGAGGUGGGCGGCUUCUCUCUGGACUCUCACAGAAACUUCUUCAAUGAUUACAGACAGAUGAGAUAUUAUGUUCAGCCCAGAAAAAGCCCAAAUUUCAAUUUAAGAGACGGAUACAACGACCGUUUCGUUAAAAGAGAUGAUGGAGUGAAAGAGAAGCUUGAUCACCUGCUGAAGUGGAUCUUGGCAAACAAAGAUCAAAUCCAAAGCAGAAACCAAACCUCCUCGUCCAGCUGUGUUUUAGGUGUGGAUUUCGUGACAUGGAGAGGACACUUAACCAAACUCUUGACCACUCCGUACGAGACUCAAGAGGGAUGGCUGCUGGCCGCAUCCAGGUUUAAAGAUACCAUCUACAUCAGUGAGGUGGAAACGGAGACGGCGAGGAUAAACCGAGAGCAGCGGUCAGAGCGACAUGAGGAAAUGAUGUACUGGGGAUAUAAGUUUGAGCAGUACAUAUGCGCAGAUGAUGUGGACGGGACUCCAGAUCCAGGAGGAGUCGUGAACACAAACGAAGCGUUUUGUACGGUGGUGCAGACUCGUCUAGCCGAACACAAGCUGCUCUUCUCUGGAGAAGUGGACUGUCGGGUUAAAGACCCCGAAGCUCCGCCCGCUCCGUCCUGUUACGUGGAGCUCAAGACCUCAGCGGAGAUCUGCACCCCGAAACAGCGCAGCAACUUCCACAGAUACAAGUUGCUGAAAUGGUGGGCACAGUCAUUUCUUCCUGGAGUGCCACAGAUAGUCGCUGGAUUUCGGGAUCAUGAAGGGGUGGUGGUGUCUGUGGAGACGUUUCAAACUUCUAAAAUAUCACAACUGAUCAAGAAUGAGUUUAACUGCUGGAAGCCCACAGUCUGUAUGAAUUUCUGCAGCGAUUUCUUGUCCUUUGUCAAAUCAGUUGUUAAAGAAGACGACCCGAGGUUGGUGUAUCUGUUUGCAUGGGAUCCACACAGAGACGUAACCUACACGGUUCACAGAGACUCACAGUUUAACAUCUUACCAGAGUGGUAUGUGGAGGAAAUUAAAUGAUGGGUCGCUCAUCUAAACAUUGACAUACUGAGGACUUCAAACACAAAUUAUAUCCAAUACACACUUACAGAUGUACAGAAAGUUUGUGCUUUCUUCUGAAUGGUUUAAUCCAACAUGAACUCGAGCUUGAGAUUGCGGCAUGGUUUCGUGUUUCUGUAAGUGUUUUGGCUUUGCUGCUUCAAGUAUGUUUUUACCAAGAAGUAACUUUAAGUCUUAAAAAUGUGCAUUGACAACAUAAAGACAUAUAUCAUUUUUUAUAACUUUAGCAAGAAUAAUAUAUAACUGUAAUCUUGUACAAAGCUAUCAGAAACAUUUGCAGCGUGAAUUUGAAUGUAAAUGGUUUGUAAACUGCAAAAAAUGAUUUUCAAAAAAAAAAUUCUUAGUAUUUUUGUCUUGUUUUCAGUAAAAAUAUCUAAAAAUUCUUAAAUUAAGAUGCUUUUUCUUGAUGAGCAAAACGACCCAAGAAAAUAAGUCUAGUUUUUAGACCAAAAAUAUCACAUUUAAGUGAAUUUGUGUAUAAAACAAGCAAAAAAAAUCUGCAAAUGGGGUAAGCUAAUUUUUCUUGAUUUUUUCUUGAAUUUAGUGUUUAAGAAAAAUGUUAAUAAAAAGAUUUUUUGCUUACCCCAUUGGCAGAUUUUUUUGCUUGUUUUAUGCACAAAAUCACUAGACUUAUUUUUUGCUCAUCAAGAAAAAGCAUCUUAAUUUAAGAAUUUUUAGAUAUUUUUACUGAAAACAAGACAAAAAUACUAAGAAUUUUUUCUUGAACAUCAUUUUUUGCAGUGUAAAAUUAUUCUGGCACAAAGAUAUUUUUUUUAAAUUUGAUUUACACCAAAAAACAAUGUAUUCUUGUUUUGUGCUUUGGCUAAAAGACAACAUAUCAUCCCAAAGAAGGACUUUCAACUAGAUUUCCCAAAUUACCUUUUAUUAGCAUUAUUGCAUCUCAUUUAAACAUGCUGAAAAAGUACAAUCAUAAAAUAACACAAGUUAUACAAAUUAAAAUACAAAACGUGCUAUAAAUUAAAGAAACCUAAUGCACAAAGUAUUACAGUAUGUAAACCGUUUUACUUUUUAAGAUUCUGUAAAUAGUUUUAUGAUACAAAGCAUGUGAGACUUCAGUAACUAAUAUAAGAAACAGCAGAUUUAAGGCAAGCAUGGUAAGUAAAUACUCUUGGAUUUUAUUUCUGAGCCCUGUUGUUUUUAAAAUGCCUCUCAUGUAUGCUAAAUAACAAUGCUUUUGUACAAAUGUAAUUAAACAAAUAAAUCAAAUGUAUAGAAACUGUAAA